CUGUGACGGACCAGAGGCAGAGAAUGUCCUUUCGCGUACAAUUUGCAGACACAACAGUCCUUCAUGGAUCAACAUUGACACAAUGACAAAGCAUCCACUUCUAGCUAUAUCUGCAUCAACCAGUCACUCUUGCCAGUGAUUGUCUUCUGCAAUUGAUUCUGCAACCAUGACUGACACCAUCAAGAGUGUGGUAGCAUCGAUCAUCUGGGGGUUCCGUGAUGCUGUUUUGGGAACGAGGAGAGUCUUGAAUCUAGAUGCUGACCUCCAGGUAGAAGAAUCUGAGAAGAAAUCAAAUGAGCCGCUAACAACUCUUGCCCGCAGACGACUGGAGAAAAACAAGCAUAAAGAUGUGGUCAAAGAACACGUUCCCAGAGUAACAAAUCGAAUAUUUAUGUGCUGUGCAUGGAAUGGUGGUGUCUGCUGGUUGAGCAUCUUCGUGUUCCACUACAUGCUUCUACCCUGUAUCUACUGGUUCACAGAGCUCAUCUCAGGUGGUUCGCUGACUCAUGGCCUUGUUUGGUCAUGGUUAUCUCCCCUUCUCUCAUGGAUAUUCAGCGCUCUCUGGGUGUUACCGCUGUUUGUUCUGUCAAAAAUAAUCAACUGUUUCUGGUUUCAGGACAUAGCAGAUGCUGCAUAUUUGAAAAUGCGAGGGAAACCAAAGAGCCUGACACUCAGCACCUUCAUAGCUGACAUGCUCUUCAGUGUCACGCUGCAGGCUUUCUUCCUCAUACAGGCAACAAUGGCCAGCUCUCUGCCGAUCUAUGGAGUGGGCCAACUAGUCAGCGUCCUACACUUCUGCCUGCUCUACUCUCUCUACACCUUCGAGUACAAGUGGUACAACAUGGGUUUAGAAGUGCACACUUCGACUGUCAUUGAUAGGAGUCAACUGGCCCCUACUUUGUUGGCUCUUCAUCAUCAGUGCCAAUGA